UUGGUGGUUAUUGUUGCGCAGUCGUGUUCUUGGUGAUUUUAAAAUUAUUUCUGCCGGUGCAUAAAAUACUUUGAUAUUGAUUAAGUCAAUGAAAAGGUUAUAUAAUUAAAGUGAUUCAAAAUUUUUGUGAAAGCUAUAACAAAUAACGACGCAUAAAGAUAAGAAAAAUUGCCGUUAGCGCAUAUAAUUUGCAAUGAAAUUUUAUUUCUCCGUGCAGUGAUAAAAAUAAUCAUCCGACAUGUCCCUCAAGAAAGAAUCACGAAGUGAUGUUCAGUUCCACCUGGCAGCGCUCCGUGGUGACUGCCCGCGGCUGCGACAGCUGCUCGACACCGGAAAAGUGCAUAUUGACUCACGGGAUCGAGAUGGUACAACUCCACUGAUCUUAUCGGCGGCAAUGGGUCAUACGGAGUGCGUCCGCGAACUGUUGGCGCAGGGCGCCGACCCCGCCUGUUGCAGGACGACAGGAACGUCGGCGUUGUUCUUCGCGGCGCAGGGUGGCUUCAUUGACAUCGCGCAGUUGCUGUUGGAGGCUGGUGCCUCUAUUGACGCACCUUCAUUGGAUGGUGGUACACCCUUGUUUGUGGCGUGUCAAUGCGGUCACCUUCCAGUUGUCGAAGAAUUAUUGCGACGAGAAGCUCGAGUCGAUGCCUGUAUGAAGGAUGGAGCGACGCCACUCUUCAUAGCAGCCCAGAAUGGUCACGAAGAAGUUUGUGAGAUGCUAUCAGCACAUGGUGCUAGAGUUGAUCUCGCACGUAUAGACCGCGCUACGCCGCUAUGGAUUGCCGCACAAUGCGGACAUGCGCACGUGGCGCGUACGUUGCUCGCUCACGGCGCACGCGUUGACGUAUGCCGACAGGACGGAGCGACGCCCUUGUUUAAAGCAGCGCACAAAGGACACGUAGGAGUAGUUCAAGAGCUGCUAAAAUACAACCCUAACCUUGGAUUAUUGCCGAAUGGCGAGAGCGCGUUACACGGCGCGGCAAUGUUCGGUCAGCUGUCAUGUGUACGCGUGUUGUCGAGGCGAUGCGACGUCGCACUGAGGGACGCCCGAGGUCUUACCGCACUGCAGGUCGCGGCUCACGCCGGGAAGAAAGACGUUGUUGCAUAUCUGUCACGGCUUCACUCAUAACCGUGACGCAGCUAAUCUAAAUCUCUUGGGUUCCAAUCCGACAAAAAAAUAACCACUAUGGAGCUUGAUGUGUAUAUAAACAUACUAUACAUAUAUACUAGUCCCAUUAAAAAACGGUUAACUACAUCCCGCAUCGUUUCUACAGCUGAAAAAAAGUCAACGCCGUUUAGUAUGUAUUUGUUAUAUCGCCUGCAGAUUUAGGUUCGAUUCCAGAAAAGCCGUUUUUAUAUAAUCAUUCCCAGUGUAGAAAACAAUAUAACAGGCAUUUUUAGCAUAUUUUUAUUAAAACAAAAUAAUAAUAUAUCAUCUGAUAUAAUAAUUGUAAUGAUACAAUUUUAUUUUUAAUAUCAUAAGCCUGGUGAGUUUCGAGAUGUAUUUCUUGAUAAAAACACAACAGCAAAGUGACGUAGAACUACGUCUAGUAGUUUAACGACCGGAUUCGUAUUUAUAACCUUGAUCCCAAUCAAACAAAAUAAACGAGUUUCUCUAAAAUGAACUGAUUAAUGUAUUUUGCAUUGGCAUGGAAAAUCUUCAACAAGAAAUUAGAGACUGUCAAUAUUUUAUUAAAUAAUUCAACAUUAUUUGACAAUAAGUCUUAUCUAUAUAUAUGUUUAUUUUAUAUAAAAAUAAUAUUUUUGUGGUUUUUUGUAAUUGUAUAUGUAACGGUUAUAGACUCCCAAUUUUAUUAAAAAGGCACACCUAUAAAGCAAUUUGGGUAUGAGCAUACUUUUGAAAAUGGAAUUAUUUUAAUUCUUGAUUGUGAUUGGUCAUCAUUGUCUCCAUCAAGAAAUAGU